AUGAAAUCCACACCCUUCAAAUGUUCUUUAAUUGAAAAAUUCUAUCCACUGAAAAACUUUAUUACAAAAGUCAAUCAAUAUUACAGAAUAUCUAUACCAACUAGAAGAUUAUCACAAACAUAUAAACAUCUUAAUACUACCAUGAGUUCAAAAGAAGUUAUUUCCUAUACCAAUGCUGCUUUGGGUCCAUUACCAGCAAAAGCUCCAACUUUACCAGAUAACAUUUUAGAUGCUUUUUCACUUAAAGGUAAAGUUGCUUCAAUUACUGGUUCCUCAGGAGGAAUUGGUUGGGCUAUUGCUGAAGGUUUUGCCCAAGCUGGUGCUGAUGUUGCUAUUUGGUAUAAUUCACAUCCUGCAGAUGAUAAAGCCAAAUAUUUAGUUGAAAAAUAUGGUGUACGUUCAAAAGCUUAUCAAUGUAAUGUUACUGAUCCAAAUCAUGUUGAAGAAGUUAUUCAUCAAAUUGAAAAUGAUUUCGGUACUAUUGAUGUUUUUGUUGCUAAUGCAGGUAUUGCAUGGACUGAUGGACCAGAAAUUGAUGUUAAAGGAGUUGAUAAAUGGAAAAAAGUUGUUGAUGACGAUCUUAACAGUGCUUAUUAUUGUGCACAUUCAAUGGGUCCAAUUUUUAGAAAGAAAGGUAAAGGUUCAUUUAUUUUCACUGCUAGUAUGUCUGCUACCAUUGUAAAUGUUCCACAAUUACAAGCAGCUUAUAAUGCUGCUAAAGCUGGUGUUAAACAUUUAUCAAAAUCAUUAGCUGUUGAAUGGGCUCCAUUUGCAAGAGUUAAUUCAGUUUCUCCAGGUUAUAUCGCUACCAAAUUGAGUUCAUUUGCCGAUCCAGAUGUUAAAGCUAAAUGGUUACAAUUGACUCCAUUAGGUAGAGAAGCCAAUCCAAGAGAGUUGGUUGGUGCUUAUUUGUAUUUGGCAUCUGAUGCCUCAUCUUAUACCACUGGUGCUGAUUUGAAUGUUGAUGGUGGGUACACUGUUGUCUAG